UUCCUGAAGUCUGAAUCUUCCAGAAAAGUAGAACCCAGAUUUAAAACAACCAACUACUCAUUUUACACCCCCAAACAAACAGCAGAAAUCAAACAAUACCCAGAAUAAAUAAAUUAAAAAGAUUUCUUUUAAAAAAAAAAAGAUGUUCUUCUUCUUUGUGGGAGGAGUUGAGCAGCAGGUUGGACAAGUACUGAAAACAGGAAUUAGCAGGUGCAUCAGCUGUAAUUCCAAAGCUGAUCUUGUCAAAUACGACAACGUUUUGAAGGUUUUCUUUGUACCUGUUUGGAAAUGGCCUGGUAAAAAACCUCUCCUUCAUUGUAACACCUGCAAUCUCUUUUUCCCUGAAUCAUUUUCCAUUCCUCCUGCAACGACGUCGUUUCCACAGCCCGGUGAAAUCGAUGUUUUACGGUGUCAAUCUUGUGCUCGUGUUGUUGAGGCUGGUUACCGAUUUUGCCCCUUUUGUGGUGUUUCUUUGUAACAGAGUUUAGGUUUUUUUUUUUUUUUUUUUUUGGAGUUUCAGUUUUUGUUAGUGUUAGUGAUAAAUACUUGUACUUUGAAUAAAAACAAAGUAUUCUAGUUUGUUAAUUUCUUGUAA